GCAACAACAUGAAGUAUUUGGUUGUUUUGUCGUUGGCGGUAGCUUACUGCGCAUGCGUGCCAGUAACUUUAUCGAAACACGUUCUAGUAGACGUCCAAUCCGACCGACCGCAAUUCUAUCAGACACCUAGCUACUGGAACCAACAACAAUACCAACCCGAUUACCAAAAUAAUUGGUACGAAAGGUACUUCCGAAAAUAUAUGCCUUGGCAACAACAUCAAGAAGAUUUCUGGAAUCAAAACAGUAUCUCGAACGAAUGGACUCAACUUUCGUCCAACUUUAAAAGAUACACCGAAUUUUCUGACGAAGAACUUUUACGUAAAAUGUUUGUUAAAUAUUUCCCGGAAUAUUCUUACGGCGAAACAUUAAACUACGAAAAAGUUUUACCCUAUUUCCAACAAUAUUUUCAACGUUACCCGCAAAAGCAAUCGGAUAUGCGGACGACGUGGUCUUUCGAACAAGUUAUGUAUCACAUUUUCCAAGAUUUGUACGAGAAUUACGAACAAGUCCCGUACAAUCGCGAACAAAUCAUGAACCAUAUCAUGAAAUACGGGAAUUACUUCGCUAACAGCCCCCUAUCUCAAGAAGAUUUGGUACAAUGGACCGAAUUCGUCUACCGUUUACAAUUCCACGUGUUGCCUUAUUUGAAACAAGUCGAAUCCGGAUCUGCGAUGAACAAUUACGAACAACGAUUCGAUCAAACAAACCCGUGGACGCGUUUCUUCAACUACCUCGACCAAGGCAAAAAAGGAACAGAAGUACCGUACGAAACUAGCUACUAUCAAAAAUGGGAACAGCCUUUAGAAUGGACCGAAAGGAAAGGACAAGAAUGGAGUUUUCCUUGGAACAAAUACGAAAAGCAACAAUUCGAUUUAACCGAUCAAUGGUACGUUCAAAAACAGGUGCCACAAGUAUGGCGUUGGGACCAAGAGGAAUACUACCCUCAAACGUGGUGGUAUGGCAAACAACAAGAACCCCAAGUUUGGUCGUGGAAACAACGUUGGACUCCAUUCUAUGGACAACAAUGAAAUAUUCCUCACUAUGAUGUAAUUCACGUUGCCAGAUAUAUGUUAUUGUUAUGUUUUUACGAAUAAAUAGCAUUUUGUUAUAAA